GCUGAGCAGAAGAACUAAACAAGAACCCCCAAGUCACUUUGUAUUCGUAAAACUUUUAUCGAUCAAAAUGGACUACGAUUUCAGGAACAAAGCAGGCGGUUCACAAUUACCGAUGCACCGCCCGGCGACAUCUACUUCGGCUGCAUCUCCCGGUCAUCAUCCGAUGUACGGUUACCCUACUAUCGGUCAACAAACCCCCGGAUACUCCUUCGCUCCUCCUCCGCACGGUCGGCAUCAUCCACCUACGAACCCCCCGUCUUCUUCUCCUGGAACGGGGAUUAGGGUCGUGCUUAAACCUGAGUAUCGCAUAAAUCCACCGCCUCAAUUAUCACCACAAAUUGGAGACAUUCCUCGAAGCAAUUUUCAGUUUGACUUUGAUUUCGAAAGAAAGGUACUUGCUGAGGCAGAGAAAGAAAAGCCAGAUUGGAGUAAGCUUGUGCAUGAGAACGUUCCACCAAGACCCGCAGAAAUACCUUCUCAGCAGGGCUCCCCCACAGAUCAUGUCGUGCGCAAAUACAUUGCAUCAGGCCUCAAUAGAGAAGCUGUGCCUCUUGCAGUUGCAAAUUUUGGAGAUGAUCCAGUUAAGGUUAGGGAAUUUGCUAAUGGCUACACUUUAUUGCGUGAAAUGGGAUUCUCAUCGAAUAGUGUAGCAGAAGCCUUGCUCAUGUACGACAACGAUACAGACAAAGCUGUGGCACAUUUUCUAAAUGGUUCAUCCUGAUCGUGGAAUUGCCAGUUUUCUGGUGCCAAAGUUGUGGCUCAUUCCUCGAUGGUUCGUCAUUAUUAUCGUGGAAUUGCCAGUUUUUGCGAUGCCAAAGCUGUAGUGAAAUGGUCCUCUUCUGUGUUUUAUAAGUAUAAAUUGUGUAGACUAUUGCUUGUAUGAGUUCAUCGCUCUUUCCCUCCGAGAUACUAGAUGAUUGCUUUCCUCAUUGGUGGAUAAACUGUGUACAUAUUCUUAGUGUUGGCAUUGUGCUAAUCAUACUCAAGUAGCAGCAAGACAGAUGAUCGUUUUAUCUAACAGUAAAAUUAUUACUACAACA